AUGGAAUCAAUUGAAUCCUUUAGUGUCCGCGUUGCUAAUGGAGAAAAACUGAUCUGUGAUGGUUUGUACAAGGACGUGCCUAUUUGGCUACAAGGUAUUAAGGAAGUGUUGGGCAAGCUCGCAUCUGAUCUCGAAUCGGUGAAAGACUUUGAGUUGGCUGAUGGGCUGUUGAAGUAUCACAGCAGGGUGGUGGUUCCAUUUGAUGACCCGUUACGUCGAGACAUUAUGCAACACUUUCAUGAUUCAAUGGUGGGGGGUUAUUAUGGGGUGUACCGGACUGUG